AUGUCCUUAAUUCGUUCAGGUAUUAGCAUAAGCAUGGGUAUACUUUUGCUUGUGAUAACUAGUUACUUAUUGUAUAAAGUCAUCAAGAAAACAAAAGAAAGGAGACAAAGAAAGAGAUUUUUUAAACGCAAUGGCGGGUUACUCUUAAAACAACAAGAAGAAGCUGACUCAUCUUUAGUUGGUAAAACCAUACUUUUUACAUCACGUGAGUUGGAGAAGGCCACUGACAACUUCAAUGAAAACAGAAUCCUUGGCCGAGGAGGCCAAGGUACAGUCUAUAAAGGGAUGUUGGUGGAUGGAAGGAUUGUAGCAAUCAAGAAAUCGAAAGUAGUUGAUGAAAGCCAACUGGAACAAUUUAUCAAUGAGGUGGUUAUUCUUUCCCAAGUUAAUCAUAGAAAUGUGGUAAAGUUAUUGGGAUGUUGCCUAGAGACAGAUGUUCCUUUGCUUGUUUCGGAAUUCAUUCCAAAUGGUACUUUGUAUGAUCGACUUCACAUCGAGAUCGACGAGUUACCAAUUUCUUUGAACAUGAGAUUACAAAUUGCUACAGAAGUUGCAGGAGCACUGGCGUACUUGCAUUACGCAACAUCCAUUCCAAUAUACCAUAGAGAUAUUAAAACCACUAAUAUACUUUUGGAUGAUAAAUUUAGGGCCAAGGUUUCUGACUUUGGAACAUCAAGGUUUGUAGCAAUGGAUCAAACUCAUUUAACUACCUUAGUCAAAGGUACAUUUGGCUAUCUAGAUCCGGAGUAUUUCCAAUCUAGUCAAUUCACUGAAAAAAGUGAUGUUUAUAGUUUUGGAGUUGUUUUGGUUGAGUUGUUAACAGGAGAAAGACCAAUUUCUCUAACUAGAGUUGGUGAAAAUAGAAGCUUGGCUACACACUUCAUGUUGGCUAUGGAAGACAUGCGUGUUAUGUCUAUUUUUGAUGCAACAGUGAUUAAAGAGGGUACGAGGAAUGAACUUCUAGAAGUAGCUAACCUUGCAAUGCGAUGCUUGAAUCUGAAUGGGAAGAAUAGGCCAACUAUGAAAGAAGUGGCCACAGAAUUAGAAACCAUACGAAUGUCACACAUUCCCAAUAUUAAUCAAAGUACUAUUGGGCCUACGAUGCAUGCAGAGGACUUACCCGUGUCGCUAUAUGGUGAAUCGUCAUCAAUAUUCUUGAGUUUCAAUAGUAACAUUAGUCAAUAAUAAAAUGUUAGAAUAAAUUUAUUUGUCAUAUAGGUAUCAAAUAUGUGGUUGAACUUUGUAAGAUCAUAAAUCGCUUAGUUUGAGUAAUACAUCAGUAAAUUGACUUU